UCCGGCUUCCAGCCCUCUUCUGCUGCCCGACACUUGUCACUUCACGCUGGCUCAUUAGGAAAACGAGUAUUGUUAUCGGUUUUCAGACAGUCAAAUUCACAAUUUUCACGGUAUGACAGUAUAAUGAUUUUUCUUCAUAGAAAGCAGCGGAUAUUUCGUCGACCCUACACUUGAUAGAAGUUUGUAACGAGUCAGAAGAAAUCAAAAUGAGCUCUCAGGAUAUACUGAAGAAUGCGUCCACUUUAGCAUCGUAUAAUGUGUUGCUCCAGGUGAUGUUCCGUGUUCUUACCUUCUUACUGAAUGCUUUCACUCUGCGGUUUGUGUCCAGAGAGCUGAUUGGGGUCGUCAAUGUCAGGCUUACACUGCUGUAUUCCACAUUAGUGUUUUUAUCCAGAGAAGCUUUCCGGAGAGCUUGUUUGAGUGGGGAAUCAGCGACAAAUCAAAGCUGGAGACCAAUUAUUAACCUACUAUGGCUGACAGUGCCACUUGGUGUGUUAUGGGCAGCCCUGCUGGCCUGUGUGUGGUUGUGGCUCCUGGAGAUCCCAGAUGCUGAGACUGUCCCUUACUAUGGUCCUGCUGUGGUGUUUUUCGCCUUAGCAGGAGUACAGGAGCUCCUAGCUGAGCCUCUUUGGGUCUUGGCUCAAGCGCACAUGUUUGUUCGACUGAAAGUGGUCGCUGAGAGCUUAGCAAUGAUUGCUAAGUGCAGUGUAACUGUAGUACUGGUGGUUUUUGCCCGUGAAUGGGGCCUUUACAUCUUCUCAGCUGCUCAUUUGGUGUACACAGGAUUCCUGGUGUUAUGCUACGCUGUUUACUUUGUUCGUUUCUUGGGAUCUAAAGAAGCAGCCAAGAAGAAUUUCCCCCUUCAGCAUGUUCGAGAUCUGCUGCCCUGCAGAGCUGAUGGAGAGCCACUAGUUGAUUGGACGUUAGCCCGGCUGACAUGGAGCUUCUUCAAGCAGUCCUUCCUGAAGCAGAUCCUGACAGAAGGCGAGCGUUACGUCAUGACCUUCUUGAACGUCCUCAGCUUUGGAGACCAGGGUGUUUAUGAUAUUGUCAAUAAUCUGGGCUCCAUGGUGGCACGCUUCAUCUUCUUGCCAAUUGAGGAAAGCUUCUACAUCUUUUUUGCCAAAGUGUUGGAGAGAGGACGUGAUGUCAAAAGUCAGAAACAGGAAGAAGUUGCUAUUGCAGCUGAAGUGCUGGAGCGCCUGCUGAAACUGGUGCUGGUGAUUGGUCUGAUUAUCACAGUGUUUGGCUAUGCUUACUCUCACUUGGCUCUGGAUAUUUAUGGUGGCUCUCUGCUGAGUAAUGGGGCAGGACCCAGUUUGUUGCGAUGCUACAGCUGCUACGUCCUCCUGCUUGCUGUAAAUGGUGUUACAGAGUGCUUUGUGUUUGCUGCCAUGAGCCAAGAAGAAGUUGACAAGUAUAACCUGGUCAUGCUGGCUCUGUCUGUGUCCUUCCUCUUCCUGUCAUACAUGCUGACAUGGUGGGCUGGUGGUGUCGGCUUCAUACUGGCAAACUGCCUUAACAUGGGCCUCCGCAUCUUCCACAGCCUCCUUUACAUACACCGUUACUUCCAGUUCAGUCAGUGGAAACCUCUGCGAGGCCUGUUGCCCUCCCCACUCCUCCUGCUGGCACUGGCUGUCAGUGCCGUUGUCACAGCAAUUUCUGAGGCUGUUUUCUGCUGUGACAGCGGCUGGUUGCUGAGGCUGGUCCAUAUCGGUGUGGGCGCAGUGUGUCUGCUUGGUGUGCUUGGAGCUGUUCUCCUCACAGAGACCCAACUUAUUGAGUUUGUGAGAACUCAGCUGUUGCCGCGAUACAGAAAGAAACAGAUUUAAAUUAAGCAGAACAUUUUCGCACCUGAGUGGAAGGAAAGAUCUGUUUCAUUACAAACAGUGAAGCCACUGUUUGACAGUUACUGGUUAUGUGAAAGCAGGGGAAAAACGUAUUUUGAAUAGACCUCACAUGUGUUAUGAGUGUGUGUGUCUGUGUGAUUUUUUUUUUACUGUAACAUUCCUGUGUUGUACGUACAAUAAUGAAGAAAUGUCAUGACUGUUUCAGGAUUUAAUUGUGGAUGAAAAAGAUGAAUGUAUUUUUAAGAGGACUGUUAAAUUUGUUACUGGCCUUUUUUUUUUUACAUAAAUAAAAAAGGCAACUUAAUUCCUA